AGGCCCUCAGUUUCUUUUAGUAAAGUUGAAUUUUGGAGAUCAUUAUGCAUAACAAAUCCUGAUUAUGUUUGUCUACUCCGAAAAAAAAUAAAAUUCUGAUUUGUAAUUCUGUUAGUGGUUAUGAUGGAAGAGGAACACACCUUGCUUUCAUGCUGAACUUUUUUCUAGUGAGCCCCCAUCUAUUCUUUACCUUUUAUAACCCAAACUUUGUAAGCUCUUUAUAUCUUUUCAGUAAUCAAAGAGAGGGAAAGGUAAACCAACUCAGACAAAUCUCAGAGAGGGGAAGAAAAAUGGGUAAUUACAGGUUUAGAUUAUCAGAUAUGAUACCAAACGCCUGGUUUUACAAGCUCAAGGACAUGAGCAAAAGCAGACAGCAUUACACCUCUCGAGCUUCCAAGAAAAAACCACCUCCAGGAACUGUAACAUCACAAAAACCCAACAUUUCUCAUCAAAGACACUCUUAUUACUUCACCACAGAACCUGAAAGAGCUGAGAAAUUAGAUUACUAUUCACCUGCAAAUCCAAAAGCCUCAGAUACUCAUUUCCCUGAUCCACCAAGAAAAUCAUCCAAUAGAAGAAACAAAAGAAAAACCAUUUACAAGCCUUCUCCAAAACUGGUGUCCACAUUCUCUGCUGAUUGUAGCUGUCGCGUUACAGUUAACUCGAACCUGACCGGGGUUAUUCCAGGUGAUUCACCUGACUGCUCUAGCUCUCCCGUUGAGAGCUCUUAUGAUGAGCUUGACUUCCUAUCAGAAUCUGAUGAAGAUGAUGGUUUUCUUGUUCCUGAUUCAAUUGAUCAUCAUUUAGCCUCCUGGUCUAGCUCUUGUAACUGUAAUGUUAGCUCUUCAACCACUGACAUUAUCAUUGAUAUGAAUGAAGAAUCCUAUGAAAGGAAAAUCAAGGAGGUUGAAGGGUUUGGUAGGAUCCCUGAGCUAAACCUUCCUCCUAUACUGACCAAGCCUGAGAAAUUCAACGACAAUGAAGUUACUAAGUUCAGAAGAAGUGCAUCCAAAUUGGAGGAGGUCAAAGCACGUAGGUCUCUCUCUGUCAAGAUUGUCAAGGAGAAAAGCAUUAGGACUUAUAAAGAGAAAAAGAUGAAUCCUCCUACAAGAAAGUCCUCGGUGAAUUCGGCAAAAGGGAUAAAACUCCGAGCAAACACUGCAAGAAUUGCGAGCAGGAAAAUUCAGGGUUGUUCUCGAAAAAGUGUGUCAUUGUCAAGAAACAAGACCUUUUCAGAGAGCUUUGCAGUGGUUAAGUUCUCAGUUGAUCCACAGAGAGACUUCAAAGAUUCAAUGGUGGAGAUGAUUGUGGAGAACAAUAUCCGAGGUUCAAAAGAUUUGGAAGACCUUCUUGCUUGUUACCUUUCUCUCAAUUCAAAAGAAUACCAUUAUAUCAUUGUCAAGGCAUUUAAGCAAAUCUGGUUUGACAUGACUGACCUUCACUUGUAAUUGUAAAGCCUUGUUAGAUUAUCAGAUGCAUGAAUAAUAUGAUCCUGUAAAUGCUAGUGCUUUAAUUAAAAUUUCUAUUCUCUGCUUAGAAUUGUUGGUUUAA